AUGGCAACUCAAGACAAGUUGACGCGAAUAGCGAUCGUGAAUACAGACAAAUGCAAACCCAAGAGGUGUCGACAGGAGUGCAAGAAGUCGUGUCCAGUCGUACGGAUGGGAAAGCUCUGCAUAGAAGUGACGCCAAACGAUAAGAUCGCGAAGAUUAGCGAAGACCUGUGCAUCGGAUGCGGUAUAUGUGUGAAGAAGUGUCCCUUCGAAGCCAUUACUAUCAUUAAUCUGCCGUCCAAUCUGUCGCGAGACACGACCCAUCGUUACGGACAAAACACAUUCAAAUUGCAUCGAUUGCCGACUCCCAGACCCGGAGAGGUGUUGGGUUUGGUCGGAACCAAUGGUAUCGGCAAAUCCACGGCUCUUAAGAUAUUAGCCGGAAAAUUGAAGCCCAACUUAGGUCGUUACGGCACAGACCCACCCGAUUGGACAGAGAUAUUGACUCACUUUAGAGGAUCCGAACUCCAGAACUAUUUCACCCGUAUAUUAGAGGACGAACUAAAAGCCAUAAUUAAACCCCAAUAUGUGGACCAAAUCCCGAAAGCCGUGUCCGGAAUGGUGGACACACUGUUGGACAAGAAGAAUGAAAGAGACAACAAGAAGUUUGUGUGCAAAAUGUUAGACCUCUCGGAAACAAUUUGCAGUCGAAAUGUGGGUGAAUUGAGUGGUGGAGAACUGCAACGCUUUGCCAUUGCAAUGGUGUGCAUACAAAACGCCGAUAUCUUCAUGUUUGACGAGCCCUCCAGUUAUCUGGACGUUAAGCAAAGGCUGAAGGCGGCCGAAACCAUCCGAGACCUGAUCCAAUCGGACAAAUAUAUCAUUGUUGUCGAACACGACUUAUCUGUUUUGGACUAUUUAUCGGACUUUAUCUGUUGUCUAUACGGCGUUCCCGGGGCUUACGGUGUGGUCACUUUGCCCUUCUCUGUUAGAGAGGGUAUCAAUAUAUUCCUCGACGGUUUUGUGCCGACAGAGAACCUGCGGUUCAGAGAGACGGCGCUUGUGUUCAAAGUGUCGGAAACGGCCACCGAAGAGGAGGUGAAGCGCAUGUGUCAGUACGCGUACCCGGCGAUGGUUAAGCACUUGGGCAAGUCGUUUGAGCUGAGUGUACAACCGGGCACUUUCACCGACUCGGAGAUCAUCGUUAUGUUGGGAGAGAACGGCACCGGAAAGACGACAUUCAUCCGAAUGCUCGCCGGAAACCUGAAGCCCGAUGAGGGCGAGAGCGAUGUGCCGACGCUUAACAUCAGUUAUAAGCCGCAGAAGAUUAGUCCCAAAUCUCAGGGCACAGUCCGUAUGCUGUUGUUCGAUAAGAUCCGCGAUUUCUUCAAUCACCCGCAGUUUCAGGCAGAGGUCGUCAAACCCCUGCAGAUCGAGAACAUCAUAGACCAGGAAGUGGUGAACCUCUCGGGAGGAGAGCUCCAGANGCUGUAA